UGAUGGAGUAGUACGGCCGUCGCGCUUCCUGCCGCUGCUCUCCCUAAUGCAACCACGACAGGAACGCAGAGAGAGAGAGAAAGCGCAUAGAAAUGUAACGUCAAGUGGAACAAAAUCUUAGUCUGAUCAAAAUGUUUUAGUAGGGACGCUUUUGCAGACUUCUGUUGUUGCUGCUUCUUGCUUGCAGAAUCCAAGUAAGAAGAAGAACAAGAACCAGAACCAGGAAAAGCUUCUUCCUUAGGUCUCCUACUGAGUUGACUACUACUACUAUCACCGCUCAAAGCCUUCACUUCUUUCAAUCAAUUCCUACUGGGUGUGUCUAUAAAUUGCAACCCCAUUAACUGCAUCUUUAUGAAUGCAUUCAUUGCUGCUGCUUCUGUUGCCCCAGUCCUUCUAUAGCCUUGUCUUUGUUCCUCCAUAAACCCUUCUUAUUUCUCUCACACUGCUAUUCUUUUGCAUUCAUUUACCCAUCUCAUUAUUGCUGCCUCACCCCUCCCUCUCGUCUUCUUCUUCUUCUUCUUCUUCUUCUUCUUCUAGUGUUCUCUCUGUCCUGUUUUUUCUUGGUAUUUCGCCGACUCCUUAUUCCGUUCUGGCCAUUUCUCCGAUCAAUGGCCGCCGUCUCCGCUGCUGUUUCGGACUGUUCUCCAUCUUUUCCUUCUUUAACCCCGCCUUGCCCCAAGGCGCCACCUGAUUAUCCGGAUUUGUAUGGCAAGCGUCGGGAGCUGCUCAAAGUUCAGGUCUUGGAAAGAGAGAUUGGUUUUCUUCAGGAGGAGUUAAAAUCAGUUGAAGACCUUCAACCUGCUUCUAGAGGCUGCAAAGAGGUCCAUGAUUUUGUAAUGCCGAACCCAGAUCCUUUCAUACCCAGAGGUUUGAAGACUCGUAGAUCUCAUGGCUUCUGGAAUUGGCUGUGUGGAAAGUGUUGCUUCAACUGUUCAUGGCUUUGUUGCUUUGGUGGUUGCUCUCUUCAUCUAGAAAAAACAAGUUGCUGCAACUGCCGUGCAUCAGUGAAAUGGCAGUGCUGCUGCUGCCUGAAGAAAAAAUCUUGUCAACAUUGUUGCAUUCUUCCAGCUCUUGCUUGCACAGAUUGCCACCCUUGCAAUGGAUGUACAUCUUGUUGCACUGGCUGUAAAAAGGUAUGCCAUUGUUCAAAUUGUACAAAAGCAUGUUGUAAUCCUUGCCAUCUAUGUUGCUAGGCAUGUCCAUGCACUUGUUCUUAGAUCAUUACAAUUAUGCUAUGGUCUAUAAUGUGCACCCGGGCUUAACAUGUUAAAAAUUUUGAGAAUAUUAUCUUUAUUGAUUUA